CGUUUGGAUUGUGGGAAUGGGAGUUUGGAGAUUAAAAGGUGGGAAUGAGAUUGAUAAUUGAUUGAUGGGAAUACAUGAAAAUAUGCCAAUACCUUGUUUGGAUAGUGGGUAGAAAUAUAUAGAAAAUAAAUAACAAUUUUACAAAAAUACCCUUACUAAGAUUAUUAUAUUAUUCUUUUUAUUAAUGGCAAAAAUGUCAUUUUCCCCCUAUUUCCAUUCCCAUCCAUUUAUUACCUACCCUCCCUAAGUAAUAAAAUAAUAGAAGUGAUAGUUAUUAAAGGGUGGUUAUUUUUUUUAUUUUUUUUUUAUUUUUUUUAAUAGAGAGCUAGAUUUUAAUUGAGUGAUACGGGUAGUUAUGAGUAACAAACUAACAAUGGUGGUUAUUGGUUAUUUUUUUCAAAAAAAAAUAAAAUUAAAAAAUAGGAGGGCUAGAAUUGCAGGGAUGGGAAUUUGGAGUGUUGUGAAUGAAAGUUGGAGAAAAAAACACUCUUUAUUAUGUUGUUUUUUUUAAUAGAGGGCUAGAUUUUAAUUGAGUGAUACGGGUAGUUAUGAGUAACAAACUAACAAUGGUGAUUAUUGGUUAUUUUUUUUCAAAAAAAAAAAAAUUAAAAAAUAGAAGGGCUAGAAUUGCAUGGAUGGGAAUUUGGAAUGCUGUGAAUGAAAGUUGGAUUAUAUAUUAGAUGGUGAGAAUUCACCCAUAAAUAAUCUCAUUCCCAAACCCCUUUUUAUUCCCAUUCUCACCAAACAAAUAAGACUUAUUUUUUCAAUUGGGAUUAAAAUUCCCAAUCCCACCCUCAACUCCCACUUGCCAAACAUGCCCAAAGAAUACUAUUACAAAGAUGAGGUCAUUUCCCAAAAUUACCAAAAUUACCUAUCUCAAUAGCCAAGUCGCCGAGAUGAGGUCAUUUCCCAAAAUUACCAAAUCAGUUUAGGACUGAUAAAGUUAUAAUCAAUCUGCGUUCUGCAACAUAGCUAACAUCUGUCAUCUUUACUUUCAUUCACCUAAUUUUUUUUUUUCUGUUUCUUACACUUCCUCCCUUCUUCUUCUUCUUCUUCUUCUUCUUUUUCUUUCUCCAGCAAUUUUAUUUUUACUCUUUGAUACUUCUUCAAAUUUAGGGCAACACAGAAAAUAAACAACAUAAAAAAAAAAUGUUCAAAUCCAAAUUACAAGAGUAUUGUCAAUCAAAAAAAUGGAAUCUUCCAGAAUACUCGACUACAAGAGAAGGGCUUGAUCAUUGCCCUCAGUUUCAGGCUACUGUAACAGUAAAUGGCUCAACUUUUACUACUCCAAAUCCCUCCAAAUCUUCUAAAGAAGCCCACAAUUUGGUUGCUAACAUUGCUUACCAACAUCUUACUGGUUCUCCUAGUGCAAACAAUGCUUUACAAGUUUCACCAACUUAUGUUGAUGCCCAGCAACCCAAAAUGAAUGAACCUUUGCAAGCUGCUGCUGGUAGUGAUGUAAACUUCUCAAGUCGGGAUGAUAAGAAAUUUAAAGGAGACUUCAAUCUCUUUGGUUGGGAUUCGGAUGGAUAUUUGAGCUACUUCAUGCUGAAUCUAGGCUCAGUACAAAACCUGAAAUAGAUCUAAGGCAUUAUGUUCUUUUCAGCACUAAAGUGGGUAGCAUCCACACUAAAUCUAUAGAUCUUCCUUUGAAUAUGCUAGGAGAGCCACAUUGCGUGAAUUGUGUCAUGGGGUGUCAGCUGACGCUCCAAUUGGUAAAACUGCGAUAGAUUGUUGUCUUGGCUUGAUUUCCAUUUUUAUUUGCUGCCCUGCGAACCACAAAAGGUAUACUGAGUUACUGUCAAAUUGAAAACGUACCAUCCUCUUCUAUCCCUCUGUGUCAUUCUCUUGUUUCCCAAAACCCAAACUUCUGAUAUCCUGUGAUGGAUCCGAAUUUGGGUCAGCCCAUUAAGGUCUAUACUCGAAGGGCCAAGAUGGGUCAAGUUCACAAAACGGGUCAAGUCCACAAGCAAGUCAAAAGCUACGGUAACCCAGGGGAAGCAGAAACAGAAUUAGAGGAACAAGAGGAGCAGUAGCUUUUGGCAAGGAAGUCAAUUCGGGAAAGAGACUAGAUUGAAAAGGAAGAUACACCACUUUAGUAACCAUAGCAAAAAGAUUGUUGUUCCCUAAGCUUUGGAGGUCAACCAUUAUUAGUUUUAGGUUAUGUUUGUGCUUGAGUAUAAAUUGUAAUGUAGAGAGUACUAGCCGUUUAUCCAGAAAUUUGUUGUGAGAAUCCUCAUGAGAGUAGUAGCCUAAAGCUACCCCGAGACUAAUAGCCUAAAGCUAUUACUAUCAUUGUAACCUUUCGAUUUCCAGUAUUAAUCAAAUUACUCAAGCUUACCUUCGAUUAGUAUUAAUUAA